AUGGGCUUUGCUAUAAAUUUCCUCCUCACAGUUUCUUGCUUAAUAGUUCCACCAAUUUUCAGCCAAGUUACAGAAUUCAUCAGCAUAGACUGUGGAGGCACAAGCAACCACACCGACGAAUCCACCGGCUUGCCAUGGGUUUCCGAUUCGGGAUUCCAAGGCCGUGGAAAGGCGGUAUGGCUCGGCAACAACACGUACGGAAACCCGCAACAGUACCAAACGCGGCGCGAUUUCCCGACGGACGCCGGGAAAUACUGCUACAGGCUGCCGACGGAGGAACGGAGGCGGUACAUCGUGCGUGCGACGUUCCUGUACGGCGGCUCGGCCACAGGCGGCGCGUACCCCAAGUUCCAGCUGUACCUGGACGCCACCAGGUGGUCCGCCGUCACGGUGAUGGAAGCUUCCAGAGUGUACACGAAGGAGAUGAUCGUGCGGGCCCCCUCGGCCACCCUGGACGUCUGCUUGUGCUGCGCUUCCACCGGAUCCCCUUUCAUAUCCACUCUCGAGAUGAGGCCUCUCAACCUGUCUAUGUACGCCACCGAUUUUGAAGACCGUUUCUACCUGAAAGUGGCGGAGCGGAUCAAUUUCGGGGCCCCGACCACAGAGGCUAUAAGGUAUCCGGACGACCCAUACGACCGCAUCUGGGGAUCUGAUGUUGACCGGCGCCCUAAUUUCCUGGUGGGAGUUGCUCCGGGCACGGUGAGGGUGAACACGAGCCGCAGUGUAAAUGUGAACACGAGAGAGUAUCCUCCGGCCAAAGUGAUGCAAACAGCGGUGGUGGGCAGAGGGGGCAGCCUCACGUAUAGGCUGAACCUCGAGGAUUUUCCGGCGUGUGCGCGCGGUGAAUGGACAGAGGAAGGUGGUGACCCGUGUUCUCCUACCACCUGGGAUUGGGUGGUUUGCAGCUCUACUACACCACCAAGGAUUACCAAAAUUCAUCUGUCAGGGAAGAACUUGAACGGCGAAAUCCCACAAGAGCUUCAGUACAUGGACGCAUUGACAGAAUUGUGGCUAGAUGGGAACUUGCUCAACGGGUCAAUCCCUGACAUAAGUGGCCUUGUUAAUUUGCAAAUAUUGCAUCUAGAGAAUAACCAAUUAACCGGCCCAUUGCCUUCGUACUUGGGUAACUUGCCGUGCUUGCUGGAAUUGUACAUACAGAACAACUCUUUGAGUUCGGAAAUUCCAUCAUCGUUGUUAAGAGGAAACUUAUCUUUCAGAUAUGAAGGAAAUCCUCGUCUUAGACGAGUGACAAAAACACACACCACCAAAUUAAUACUCGGGGCUUCAAUUGGUUUUCUGGCUCUUCUUAUUCUAUCCACUAUAAUCAUACUUGUGCUUCGUCAUUCUAAAGCAAAGACAACUUCACAUAGGAAUAGCAAAGAAAAUUCAUGGCGUUUCAGCACUCAGCCUUUGACCGCAUAUUCAGUUGCACGGGGAGGAUCUUUAAUGGACGAAGGUGUAUCAUACUACAUUCCACUGGCUGACUUAGAACAAGCUACAAAUAAUUUUUCAAAGCAAAUUGGGAAAGGAAGUUUCGGACCAGUAUAUUACGGGAAAAUGAAAGAUGGAAAAGAAGUUGCUGUUAAAACCAUGGCUGAUUCGUCUAGUCACGGGACCAAACAGUUUGUCACAGAGGUGGCGCUGUUAUCAAGAAUUCAUCACAGGAAUUUGGUCCCGCUGAUUGGAUUCUGUGAGGAAAUGCAGCAGCGCAUGCUUGUGUACGAGUACAUGCACAAUGGGACCUUACACGAUCAUAUACAUGAUCCUGACAACCAGAAGCAGUUAGACUGGCUAGCACGUCUUAGGAUUGCAGAAGACGCAGCUAAAGGUCUUGAGUACUUGCACACUGGAUGCAACCCCAGUAUAAUUCAUCGGGACGUGAAAACAAGCAACAUUCUUCUAGAUAUAAACAUGAGAGCAAAGGUCUCAGAUUUUGGACUGUCGAGGCAGGCCGAAGAAAACCUCACGCAUGUAUCAAGCGUGGCCCGAGGAACAGUGGGCUAUGUUGAUCCAGAGUAUUAUGCAAAUCAGCAGUUGACAGAAAAAAGCGAUGUGUACAGCUUUGGAAUUGUUCUGCUGGAGCUUAUAUCAGGGAGAAAGCCUGUGUCAACAGAGGAAUAUGGUUCUGAUUGGAGCAUUGUUCACUGGGCCAGGUCAUUGAUCCGCAAAGGGGACGUGUUGAGCAUAAUUGACCCACCACUUUUGGGGACACUCAAAGUUGAGUCCGUCUGGAGAAUAGCCGAAGUUGCGAUCCAGUGCGUGGAUCAACACAGCUUGUCCCGGCCACGCAUGCAGGAUAUCAUAUUGGCUAUACAGGAUGCCGCCAACAUCGAGAAAGGAAAGGAUAAAUUAGCUUCAUCAAAAGCCCAGUCCUCGAGAAAAACACUCCUCACUAGCUUUCUCGACAUCCAAAGUCCCGACCUUUCUAACGGAUCCUUAUUCCCAUCGGCUAGAUAA